AUGGCCGUGAUCAGGAUCAUUCUCAUGGCCGCGAAGGCCGCCCCGGAGGCGGUGGUACAUCCCAUCUCGCAGCUGGUCCGGUACGUGCACGCACCCGGUCGUGAACGGCCCUCGGGCCCGGUUUCCGCCAUAGACUCCAGCGUGAAUGCGAGCCCGGCUCCGAUCCUGGUGCCUGGUUUUGAAGACGGGGGCUCUCGUGACGUACGUCUGAUACAGGUUGUCGGACAUGACCCCGGCCGAGACCAGCACCAGGAUGUCGUCCGAGAUGAAGGCUGGAGAGUUGGUCGAGAAGAAUAA